UUUCGAGAUUCCUGAAAUUAUGGCAAUUUUCUAUAUUCUUCUUCCCACCGGUCAUCAUCUUUUGGCUGUGGCUGUGGCUGUUGCAGGUUCUUCUCCGAAGCUUCAAAGUUAACAGAGAAAGACCCUAACAACCUAAUCCUCCCUCGUCACUCAUUCUCCACCUUCACUUAACGGUCUCAAAUAAUUGAAGAUUUAUCGAAGGGAUUUGUUUUUGUUUGUGUGCUGUGUUGAAAGUGAAAUUAAGCAUUAAUGUGUUGGGAGCUAUGAGAUUGUAUUGUUUAGCUUGUGGUGAGCCUUAAUUACUGCGUUGGUUAGAUAUAAAAUGCCAUCUAAUUACUUUUCAAGGCUCGGAGUUUCGAUUCGGAGAUCGGUUGUGGGGAAAGAAGGUCGAAUCCGGGACUCUGCUGAAGUUCUCAUUGGGCAAGGGAAGUUGUGGUUUGGUAGUUCUAAGUUUUUUCAUUCUGUGCAGAGCUCAUAUUUUGUGGAACUGCAGCUUCUAGUUCGGCCCGGCAUUGCCUUAGCUUCGAGCUCUGAGUUAGCUGGCAAAAGGAGAACAUUGUCUGUAGUUGACACACUAUCUCGAACGUUUUCGGUUCCAUCUGUGUCGGGGCCUUCGUUUCAGGUCUGUGGAUACCACAUUGGUUCUGCCCUUGCUGGACCUGAUCAGUUUUCAAGUGGGACCAAAUUUAGGAUUAAGACAAUGGCUGCUCACUUGCCCAGAAUAGUGGUUGGCGAAUCCUGUUUAGAUAACCCGACUUUGAAGGGUAGUUGCCGUUCCCUGUCAACCAAGAAUAGCUAUAGUAUAUGUUUAAGCACAAAAUUGAGGAAUGGUGGAAAAGUGAGCAUGAGUUUGAGAAACCAUCAGCAGCCAGAUAACAGUGCGGUUUAUGGAUAUUUUAUUUAUAAUGCUGCCAAGACCUGGUGUAAUUCUCAUCCUUACAUGCAGUCAGGAUCUGGAGACUUCCAUACUUUGUCAUCUUCGUGUUACUCUGUUGGGCCUGCUCAUGAUGUGCCUUUCGACACUUCUGCCCAUGAGGAACAGUUAAGCAGUUCUGCAGAUCCAUCUGAACAGAAAACUCCUUCAGGCAAGACCCUUAAGUUGAUAUCAGGAUCAUGCUACUUGCCUCAUCCUGAUAAAGAAGAAACUGGUGGAGAAGAUGCUCAUUUUAUAUGUUCUGAGGAACAAGCAAUAGGGGUGGCGGAUGGUGUUGGUGGAUGGGCAGAUCUUGGUGUUAAUGCUGGAUAUUACUCUCGUGAGCUCAUGUCCAAAUCAGUGGAAGCUAUUCAGGAAGAGCCCAAAGGUUCAGUUGAUCCAGCUAGGGUGCUGGAAAAAGCACACUCAAGUACAAAAGCUAGGGGUUCCUCUACAGCAUGCAUCAUUGCACUUACUGAUCAGGGCCUUAAUGCUAUCAAUUUGGGAGACAGUGGGUUUAUGGUGGUCCGGGAUGGGUGCACCAUAUUCCGGUCCCCAGUGCAGCAACAUGAUUUCAAUUUCACCUAUCAGCUGGAAUGUGGUAGUAAUGGUGAUUUACCUAGUUCUGGUCAGGUUUUUACCAUUCCCGUUGCACCCGGUGAUGUCAUAGUUGCUGGUACAGAUGGGCUGUUUGAUAACUUGUACAAUAAUGAGAUUACAGCAGUCGUGGUUCAUGCCAUGAGAGCCGGAUUGAGCCCUCAGGUGACAGCCCAGAAGAUAGCUGCAUUGGCACGUCAACGGGCAAUGGAUAAAGACAGGCAGACUCCUUUCUCAACCGCUGCUCAAGAUGCUGGUUUCCGUUACUAUGGUGGCAAGCUUGAUGAUACAACGGUAGUAGUUUCAUAUAUUACUGGCUCUGGUGAUGCAUAAUUUCAUUUUGCUGUGCCCUCUGUAUAUAAUCACUUUAUCUCGGUUGUGACAUGUUUUGAUUUGAAGUUAAGAUUUGUAGGUCACAUGAUAGGUCCAUUGAAUUUAAAAUUUCCAUUGUCGAUGUUGUGCUUGGAUGGUUUGUCCAACUGAGUAGUUGCUACACUGAGAAUAGUAUUUCCAGUUAGAUUUAAAGGGAAAAAAGAUACUACAUUUAUUUUGAGGUUGAGCAGUGGUGAACCGACUCUAUUGACUUCGGGCUGGAGGUUAAUUCCUGUUGUCAAUGUUGUGAUCAUAACAAAUAAUAUUCCCUAUCAUGAAUUAGGGUUGCAUUUUGUUGAUUUUGAUGGCAUUAUCACUUA